UUUUUUAUUGAAAUUUGGGCUUUUUCUCCAGAUAUUCGGAUAUUCCGUUGAAAAUGAUCAUCCGACUUGCCAGUGCAAGUGGCAACAACGUCUGUGUCCGACAAUCAUGCAACCCAUUCAUGCCGUCGAUCAAUCGAGCUCGAUGGGGAAGCUAGUGGCGACGGCGCUUGGUUUUGGCGUGUUCCACGUCCUAUCAGGCCCUGACCACUUGAGCGCGUUGGCGACGCUGAGUGCCGGGUCGUCGUGGCGUUCGUUUGCCCUCGGUGUGCGCUGGGGCUGCGGCCACAGCAUCGGGCUCAUCAUCAUGGCCUUGAUCUUCAUUCUUCUUGACGACAGCCUCAACCUGGAGAAGCUCGAUAUCGUCACGGAAGUCGUCGUGGGGGUGUUUAUGAUCGCGCUUGGCGUGUACGGUAUCUACAGCGCGCACAAGAAAUUCCACGACCCGGAUCAUCAGGGGCAUGCGCAUGGAGGAACGCCCAGCACUUGUACAUGCAAGCAGCGUCCGUACGAAGAAGUUCCAUGCCGUCUCAGCAGCACCGGUAGGAGCAGUGACGCUUCCGACCUCCCAUCCGCGUCCUCGCCGCCAACCGAUCCGUCCUCGGAACAGUCUCCUUCGCCCUCCGUCAAAUCGUCACAGACGAAACUCAUCCCCGCGGUCCAGGUGGACGACGCAAGUGUUUCCUCCUUCAACGACAACAGUGAAGUCAGCGACGCGGACACCUUGGAAAUCGCGUCCUCAACAACGUCAUCGCACAUCCAACGCGACGACGACGACAGUGCAAGUGGUGACGAUGGCAGCGGUGACGACGACAACGUCCCGCUCGCCAAGGGCCGGUCCAACGCGCACGACUAUCGUCGGCGAUGGCGGCGGUGUGUGCCCCGCGUCAACAUGGACAACCCCACGACUCAAAAGGCCACGGCCCUCAUCGUCGGCAUCAUUCACGGCAUCGCCGGUCCGGGCGGUAUCCUCGGCGUCAUGCCCGCCGUCCGGUACCACAACUGGCUGCGCUCGAUGGUGUACCUCGGAACGUUUUGCCUCACGUCCAUCAUUAUCAUGGGCCUGUUUGCGGCGCUGUAUGGAGAACUCACGUCUCGUCUGGGCCAACGGUCGACGAUCAUUGCGUUCCGCAUCAACGUGUUCUCUGCCGUGUUGUCUAUUGGCGUGGGCAUCUUGUGGAUCACGCUGGUCGCCCUCGGCAAAAUGAAAGCUGUGUUUGGGUUUCGGACACUUGGGCUACGUCGGGGGCGACGCAUGCUAGUAGCUCUCUCUUGGCCUUCCCUUCCUUAUCCUCCCCAUCAACUAACGCUUCUCGUUCGUAUCCGGAAUCUUGCCCUUCCUUGCAACCAUUUCGAAUUCGCCACGAUGGACAAACCCACCGAUGCGAAUCAAGGUUGCGUUGGCACGCAGAGCGACGAAGCAGGAAAGGCCUCCGGGUGCGCAGGUUGCCCAAACCAGUCGCUAUGUGCGAGCGGCGCGACCAAGUUGCCCGACCCGACCGUGGCGACGGUCAAAGACCACUUGAGUCGUGUCAAGCACAAGAUUCUGGUGCUUAGUGGGAAAGGCGGGGUUGGCAAGUCCACGAUCAGCUGUCAGUUGGCGUUUGGUCUGGCGCAAAAGGGGUUCCAAGUCGGAUUGUUGGACGUCGACAUCACGGGUCCAAGCGUCCCGCGCAUGUUGGGUCUGCAAGGCCAAGAAGUUCACCAGAGCAACGAAGGGUGGUCCCCUGUGUACGUCGACGACAACCUGGGCGUGAUGUCGAUUGGGUUCAUGCUCCCGAACGCGGACGACGCGAUCAUUUGGCGCGGCCCCAAGAAGAGCGGGCUCAUCAAGCAGUUCCUCACGGACGUGCAUUGGGGAGACCUGGACUACUUGAUCAUCGACACGCCGCCUGGUACAUCCGACGAACACAUUAGCAUCGUCCAGGUAGAUACCAUUGUUCUUAUGUGCCUCGCCAUGUCACGUCGUCCAUCAUCGAUUGGUUCCCCAUAUUCAAACGUCCUUGGACCAUGAAGGCUCCAUUCAUUCUGAAACAUACAUCGUUCGUUGUAGUAUCUGAAGGAUGCGCAAAUCGAUGGCGCGGUCGUGGUAACGACGCCGCAGGAAGUCGCGAUGGCGGACGUGCGCAAGGAACUCAACUUUUGCAAGAAGACCAACGUGCCGAUCCUCGGGGUGGUUGAAAACAUGGCGGGGUUGCAGCAACACUUGGCACGGUGCAACUUUGUCGACCCUGUCACAUCUGUAGACCAGACCCAGCACGUGCUCGACGUCCUCCGAGCCAAAGCGCCCGAGCUUCUGUCGCUGGCCGUCCAUUUGCAAGUGUUUCCGCCCGCGGCCGGCGGCGGCGAAGCCAUGGCCCAUGCAUUCAAUGUGCCGUUUCUGGGCCGGUUGCCGCUGGAUCAAAAGCUCACGCAAGCAUGCGAAGAAGGCGUGAGCUUCCUCGAGGCGUACCCCACCUCCAGCGCUGCAUCUGCAUUCAAGCAGAUCCUCGACCAAGUUGUCUUGAACGCGGCCAAAAAGUAGUGGACAACGUGCACAGUUCCUAGCGUUGAGGUUGAUGUUGCCAAUAUACUGUAGUAAUACGCUCGAUA